AUGUGGCUGCAGAACCUGCUUUUCCUGAGCACCGUGGUCUACAGCUUCUCAGCUCCCACCCGCUCUCCCAGCUCUGUCAUUCAGCCCUGGAAACACGUGGCUGUCAUCAAGGAAGCUCAGAGUCUUCUGAAAGGUAGUCAUGACACGGCUGCUGUAAUGAGUGAAACCGUGGAGGUUGUCUCUGAAGACCUUAUCUAUGAGGAGCCCACGUGCGUGCAGACCCGCCUGAAGGUAUUUCAGCGGGGCCUGAGGGGCAGCCUCAUCGGGCUCAACGAGUCUCUGACCACCAUAGCCAACCACUACCAGCAAAACUGCCCCCCCACCCGGGAAACUUCCUGUGAAACCCAGAAUACCACCUUCAAAGCUUUCAAAAAGAACCUGAAGGACUUUCUGUUUGAAAUUCCCCUUCACUGCUGGGAUCCGGUCCAGGAAUGA